AUGUACCAGCCAAACAGCCCCUACGGUGCACCGUCUGUAAAUUAUGGCAACCCACAACAGACACAAUUCUCCGAAAAGCGUGGCAUUCCCAACGAUCCGGCCCUCGCACCCGUCACCGUGUCGACUCAAGAGCAAUACCCCCCACGUACGACACCACCCGACAAGAAGCUCACACGUUCACGAUGCGGCUUUGUCACGGCCGGCUUCUUCUUCCUCGCCCUGUACUCGACCGUUAUGAGCGGUCUCUGGCUCGCGACAGCCAUUGUCCAACCGCGAUGGGGUGACAUGAUCUCUGCCAAGAAGGGACGUCUGUCGCCCUCGAAUGCGGCUUUGAUCUCUCAACUGCUGAGCAAGACGAUCGAGAUUUCCUUUGCUACUGUGUUCAUCGGCUACCUCGGACAGGUCCUUAGCCGACGCGCAAUGGCAUCGAAUACAAAGGGGAUCACGUUGGCGGACAUGGCCAUGAAGAAAUGGGUAGUCCAGCCUGGCUCGGUAUUCACUCACCUCGGUGCCGUCUCGCUGGCUGGCUUUACCUUUCUUGGUGUCAUGUCAUUUGCCGUCUUGAUCGCCACCUUCCUCUACACAACAGCCUCGGAAGCCCUUGUUGCCCCAAAGCUCAAGUACAGCCCCUGGAAAGAUGCGAGUCUACAGGCUACUGUGCAUACGUGGUACGGUAACCCCGUAUAUGCAGCCAGGCAGUGCCAGCCUCUUCUCAAGCAGAACCCCGGCUCAGACACUGACCUCUGGGACAUGGAGUCGUACUAUGAGUUUUUUAACUGUCUGAUCCUUCAGUUCAGCUCUCAGUCAUCCCAUGAUCUGUACUCGUACCUCAUUGAUUGGAACAACACGGAUGCUACCAGCAUUGAGCUUUCCAACCGUCCUGCUGGAAGCACCAUGGUCCACAACAACGUCACCAUGCAAGCCUCCUGGGUUGAUGCCAAGUACAAGGACGUUCCAGAGCUUUACAAGAAAUGGGGAAGAAUCAUUGACAACGCCACCAUUGCUCUUCCUCACCCUCGAGUCUGGGAAGCGUUCCGGUCGCCAUCGAAUGGUAUCCUCCAGCCCGAGGAUCUCGGGGGACUCGGCGGCAUCAACAUCAAAGCCCGUGUUUCUUCACCUACACUCAAUGUGCUCUGCGUCAACAUGGACGGCAAUGAACUCCAGCCAAUAAUCUCCGAAACUUGGUCAGAUGGCGAGGACAAGAAUACUACGGAACGGAGGCAGGAGACAGGGGACAAGCCCGGCAGCACUGUCGUUGAUGACGUAUUUGGAUGGGACGUUUCAGGUAAACGAGGCCGUCCGCUAUUUGGAAAGUACCCCGAAGACUAUGGCAUGCUGUUCCCCGACAUGGUUGGAUCAGAUGGUGCUACUCAGUACAUUCUGACAAAAGCCCCUAACUUUGGAAACUACACCCUCUGUCAGUUACGGACUUGGCUGUCUGCCGACUGCUCCACUCACCUUUCUAUUGGAGGCACACCGCAACCAGUAUUGGAGGCCCAUUGUGCAGAAACAACUGAAAAGGCAGCCCUGAUUGAUGAGAGUAUUGGGUUUUCCGUCAUGGGACCUAUCCUAGCUGAAGCUCUCAAGCUAUUCAACGUCGACACGCUAGGCUUAUCUAGUAACCCAAGCCUUGUGACACGUCUUGCUCUCAAAACACCAAAGCUCCCGGCCGACUUUCCUUCAAUGGCCGAAGCUUUCUGCGUGUUUACUCUUGCAUCAUUAAGCAGCUCAGCUUUGGGAACAACCUUUCAACACAAGUGGGACUACGGCGCUUUCGAUCCUCGGGCGAACAAGGACUUGUUCCACGACUACGGCAGGGUGGAGGUAUUUCAUGCGUCCAUAUCGAGUCAGCAGUACACAUCCGGUCACACUGAUGACUGGCAAAAGGCCUUCUAUGCCGUUCUAGCCUUUGUCUUUGUCACCAACCUGAUGUGUCUUCUCUACUUUGUCUUUCAUUUCGGGUUGGUCGCCGACUUUACUGAGCCAGAGAAUCACUUCGCGCUUGCCAUCAAUAGCCCUCCGACUGAGAAGAUGGUGGGAAGCGCCGUUGAUGGCCCGCACAGAAGUCAUAUGGCUGUGCGUUGGAGGAUCUCGGCUGUUGCAAACUCCAGUGGCUACUGCUUUGAGCCUGUGUCAAGUGAGUCAGCUGUGAAUACGCAGACAACGUCUGGUGUUUACCAGCGAGUAUCGCCGUACGAAUGA